AUGGUGAUCCUAUCUUGGGAAAACCAAACCACCACAGUGGAAUUUGUGCUUCGAGGAUUCUUUUCCAUCCAACAGCUAAAUAUUUCCCUCUUUAUGAUGUUUUUAGUUUUUUACAUCUUAACUGUCUCUGGAAAUAUACUCAUUGUCUUGUUGGUUUUGCUCAACCAUCACCUCCACACCCCCAUGUACUUCUUCUUGGUGAACUUGUCCUUUCUGGAGAUCUGGUAUACCUCCAACAUUGUGCCCAAGAUGUUGCUGAUUAUUAUAGCUGAACAGAAGACUAUCUCUGUGGCUUGCUACCUGGCACAGUUUUAUUUCUUUGGAUCCCUGGCUGCAACAGAGUGCCUCUUGCUGGCUGUGAUGUCCUAUGAUCGCUACCUGGCCAUCUGCCGACUUCUACACUACCCUAUCCUCAUGACUGGUCCCCUCUGCAUCAAGCUGGCUGCCAGUUCUUGGCUCUGCUGUUUCUUCCUCACAGCAAUAACCAUAGUCCUACUGUCUAGACUAACCUUCUGUGGACCCAAUGAAAUCGAUCACUUCUUUUGUGACUUCACCGCUCUGGUCCAUCUUUCUUGCAAAGACACCUCACUGACUGAAACAAUUGCCUUUGCCACUUCUUCUGCAGUGACUCUGGUCCCAUUUCUCCUUAUCACAGCCUCUUACACUUGCAUCCUGUCUGCUAUCCUAAAAAUCCCAUCUGGCACAGGCCAGCAAAAGGCCUUCUCCACUUGUUCCUCCCACCUCACUGUGGUCACAGUAUUCUAUGGGACACUGAUUGCCAUGUACUUGGUGCCCUCAGCCAACUCUUCACAACUCUUGCGCAAAGGGUUUUCUCUACUAUACACCAUCUUGACACCCAUGUUCAACCCAAUCAUUUACAGCCUGAGAAAUAGAGAUAUCUAUGAUGCUCUGAAGAGGUGCUUGAGUAAGAAAUCAGGUCUUCUCAAAUGA